AUGGCUGAUGAUCGAAGAGAGCUGCUCAGUGAGACUGUGACGCCACGGCUUAGAUUGGAAAUCGGAGACCACGAAUCCUGGGAGCAGCUGACAGUUAUACCCUUGGAGGGAUACGACGUAGUACUGGGCAAGCCGUGGCUGUCUCGUACUAACCCGCAAGUGGACUUCGCCAAUAACCGUGUCACGCUGUCCGAUCGGGAGAGAGGUCGUGAUGUGACAGUGACGUGCGUGUCUGACAUACCCGACAAACCCCCCUCAGCGGAGACGGAUGAAGCCUACCCUGCGGAAUUCAUGAGUAUCAAACAGGCUCGGAAAGCACUGAAGAAGGGAGCGGAAUGUGUAAUUGUGAAAAUUGAAAGGGACGGCGGCGAAGGUGACAAUAAGGAAAUGAAAAUAAUGGUGGACAACGAGCGGCGUGCCGAACUCGAGCAGAUUCUCAACAAGCACGGCAGCUGUUUUCCGCAGGAACUACCAAUGGACCUGCCGCCGAGUUGGAGAACCGAUCACGAAAUUGAUGUGGAUCCUGAUGCCAAGCCACCCUCCUAG